GGCAAGGUCGGUCUCCGCUCUACGUAGCGGAUGCACCUUUCGCUAUUCCUGUGUUUUCGGGAUCUCUAGAUUAGCGCACGUGAUAAGAGAUCAGUCAGAACGCGCCUCCUUCCGCGGCACGUUUACACGAUCGUGGAACCGUUAUAAAUUGUAACGAGAGGGAGACAACCAAAGACAGGGAGAGAGAAUCUUGUCGAUAAUGUAAGCCGAUUCGCUCUCUCAUGUGUGUUUCACUCAUAAUUAAUUCAAAAUUAUUGCGAAUGUUCAUGUAUUUAUGACUGUACGCCGCGGUACGCACGCACUCCGCAUUCCAUUGCUGAUUAGGUGAUAUCGAAAAAAUCAAUUUUUACGCCGAGCGCUCGCUGUACGCGCUGUUUUGCGACGCCACAAUGCCAAACAACAUAUGACAAAAGCCAUCGUACAUUGUUGCUCUUUAGGGGAUGCAUGUCACUGUACAGUGAUGAAUAUAGUUGCAGAUUUCAAUAUGUACAAAGGUGGAGAUGUUAGUCAUUUCCUUUAUAUUCAAUAAAGGAUACAGUAGUUUAGUGAAUAAUCUUGAUGAUGGAUUAUGAAUACAUUCCCUUUCAUAGGGAGAGAGAUUUUCAUAAUAGAUGGUGUGGUGGAAAACUUUGGUGUAUUAAAGAUAUAUGCGGCAUUAUAUGUGCAGUAUUAACAUGGCUACUAAUAAUUUACGCAGAAUUUGUAGUAACGGCAGUGAUUCUAAUUCCUACAAUAAACACAUUAUACUCCAGCUUGAACAUGGCCAUUUUUCAAUGUCUAGCAUUUCUGGCUUUUGCGUCACAUCUGAAAACCAUGUUUACAGAUCCGGGUGCAGUACCAAAAGGUAACGCCACGAAAGAGCUGAUACAACAGAUGGGGUUUAGAGAUGGACAAGUUAUUUUUAAGUGUCCCAAAUGUUGUUCUAUUAAACCUGACAGGGCGCAUCAUUGCUCCGUCUGCCAAAGAUGCAUUAGAAAAAUGGAUCAUCAUUGUCCAUGGGUUAAUAAUUGCGUUGGAGAAAAUAAUCAAAAGUACUUUGUACUUUUUACUUUUUAUAUAGCGGGCAUAUCAUUACAAUCUUUAUUCCUAUGCAUGCAACAAUUCACUACAUGCAUCAGACAAGAAUGGAGAGAAUGUUCGACACUUAGUCCACCAGCGACAGUGGUGCUGUUGUUAUUUUUAGCAUUCGAGGCCCUUUUAUUUGCCAUUUUUACUGCUGUGAUGUUAGGCACACAAUUACAAGCUAUUUGGAAUGAUGAAACUGGUAUAGAACAACUGAAAAAGGAAGAGGCUAGAUGGGUUCGUAAUAGCAAAUGGAAGUCUAUUCAAGCGGUUUUCGGAAGAUUUUCGAUAGCUUGGUUUUCUCCCUUUACCUCGCCUCCUAAAGCAAAGACUAAGCUAGAUUCUUAUCUAUACUCUGUCUAAAAUUAUAUUUUGGUACGAAUGCUACUUAUAGCCAUGACUUAGAGAGAGAAACAUUUAAUAUAUUAUAAAUACCAAUUAAUUAUAAUGCAUGAUUGAUAUUCUGGCAGUUUCAAGAAUUUGGAUAAUGCUAAAUUUUUUUUAACGAAGACAAAGAGAAAUAAUAGAGAAAACUUUUGCGUGAUUUAAAUAAUCUUUGUUUUCUAUGAUUUGAUUAUUUAUAUUUGAUGAUUUGAUUUUUGCGAAUACAUCGAUACAUUUGUGAUUACAGAUUUUCUUUCUAUUUUUAUUAUUUAUGACUUUAUUUUUAUUUUUUUUGGAAAUCAUAAUUUUUUAAUAAAUUCACUCUAUACAAAGUUCAUUAAAACAGGCAAAAUUGUUCUAAUUAAUAGAAUUAUUUUGCAUGUGAUAUGUAUAUACACAUACAUAUAAAUGUGCAAUGCAAAUGUAUGUAUAAAGAAAAAACAUACCAUAUUUAGUUUGUAAUAGUGAGAAUUUUGUACAAUCUUGUCGAGUUUUAUCAUUACUCGAAAGCGAUAUUUUUCAUAAUAGUAAAAGUGUUGAAAGUAAUCAAUUGAAGAAAUUAUUCACAUUUGUUUACAUCUUUUGUAAACAUUUUAUUUAUUAUUGUUAUUCAUUAAUUUCAUAUUAUCUAUUCAACGAUUGAUACGUAAUUUAUAUAGUUAUAUGUAACUUAUAAGAAAUAAUUCAUGCAGUCUUAAGAAACAAGGCGCAAAUGAUGUCUUCAAUAAUUGAAUAUUAUAUAUGAGCAUAAAUAUACUACAUAUAUAUAUAUGUAUAUAUAUAUUGAUAUAUAUUUAUAUCUUUCGUGGAACGUUUGUAAUUUUAUACUAUAAUAUAAUGACGGCGUUAGAAAAGUACUUAAGAAAAAAGUAAUAAUCAGGGCUGGGUUUAAGCUGUUUCUUAUCUCUAUAUACAAUAUUUUUUAGAGUUCUGCGGUACAUAUAAAUUUUAAUAGACGCAGGAAAACAAGCUAAUUAAUAUAGACAUAAUCAUCAAGUUACACAAUUGGGUAACUAAUUUUUCAAAUUAUUAAUAUUUUGUAAAUUAACAAUAAACAUUUAUUCAGCAUGUAACAUUA